AUGGCAACAGGGCCAGUGGUCACCCCCCUUCGCAUACAGAAACAACCAGCUUCCUCGGAAUCGGAAACACCAUCUCCUAGAAAUAUUUUACCAUCAACACAGCCACUUUCAGAUAUCAGCCCAAUGGAGCGAAGGAGGAAUAGCCCUUCCAACAAAGAGGGAUCAAAGUCACCGACCAACGAAGAUGUCCCUUUGUCCUCACCAUUCCCAGGUUCCAUCACAGGCUCUAUCAGGACAACAACUCCUCGAGCAAACCGAGCGUUUUGGGAAACAAAGAGUCAAGAGAAUAAUCGCCCAGGCGGUUCCGCCCCUGGGCGUAAAUCAUCUCUGGAGAAAUUGAAGCGGGCUUCUCGGGUGCAGAAUAAUACCAAAAUCUUCCAAAAGCCAAAUGACACAGCUCCACCACCCCGACCCAUGAGUUAUCAUGGUCCUAAUGGUUUAUCAUCGCCAUUUAUCACCCCCAGAUCUCCCAAAUAG